CGCACGGAAGCCUCUGUGCAGACAACAAUAGCUUGUUGCGCUGUGUGCAGGCUUUGUGGCUAUAGACAGCUCGGAGCGCAAGCAUAUCACUGUAUUUCAAGGAAAACUCUCACCUGACUGACUCAGCUAGCCCUGAGGCAUGUUGUGCUAAAGAAACACCUAUGCAGGUGGAUCCUACACUAAUGAAUGUAGGGGAUGGAGGCACGGUGAGCAGAGAGAUCAGUGCUCCAAAUAAAGCGUCUGCUAGUAUGGUGGGAAAUCCCCCCCAGACGCUUCCCCCUGAGUUUAGAGGAGAUGUUACCCUCAGUCAGCAAAACAAGACCACUCCAACAACAGACUGUAAGACAGCAAAAGCUUGCCUGGACACUAGCAAUUACAACCACAGCCCUGAGCUUUCUUCACCUCAACAGCCCAACAAUGCACCGACAUCCGGCCCGGCCCUCACGGGCUCAGAGAAGAGAGCAGACAAAAGGGCAGAGGCCCCUAAACUCAAGGCUGAUGGGGCCAGUGUUUUCCCUACUCCUCAGUGGACAAGUGGCGUGAAAGUCAGCCGGGAGGACUCGCUCAACCCCUGUCACAGCAAUGUGACGUCCAGUAAGAAAUCACACCCGCAAAGUCAACCUGUGCAAAGUGUUCCACCUGGGUUUCAGUGCUCUGCCAUGUUUAAACCAGUCCAGCCUGUUGCCUUCCUUCCUUCCACUAAUUUUCCCUCUCCACUUUGUAAAAUCACUCUUCCACCAGCAUUGGGUCAGAUCGCAGCGUUGAGAGAAGCCACAGCCAGUCAGUUUCAGAAAGAAAUUCAGCCUCAGAGCUCAGGUGUCGGAGGAACACCUCUCAUGCGGACCUAUCCAUAUCCGUUCUCGGUGGGCCGGACUCCAGCCACAGAGAAAAAAGCCGGAAUGUCAUCGUCAAAGCUUAAAUCUAACCAUUCAUCUAAUAAGAACGCCAAAUCGGUGGGAGAGCAUAAAUCUUUAGCCUCAGUGGUAGCCUCACCAGCUAUUGCCCUACCAUUGCAGCACCCGUCAUUAACUCCUGCAGCACCCACACGCUACACGCUGUCUCCCACUGCUGCCAUUUGCUGUGGCUCUGCACUGGCCAGCCUCACCUCUCAGAGCAGACUGCUGAACCAUGUGGAGAAGAGCAAUAGCAUAGACAAGACAACUAUGGGCUCCCUUAAAACGACACCCCCCUCUGCUUCAGAGGACCACACAGCCUGUUCUGUUGAACCACGCGAUGUUCCUCUUGAUUUAUCUGCUAAAUCAAAACGUCCAAAAUGCAUAAAUGACCCUCCAGUUACAAUGAUUGAGCCUUAUAAUAAUGAGUCAAAUCAAAGAGAUUUUCUGAACUCAAAGAGGACUCAUUCUACAACUUAUAGCUCAGCUGUGCAAUACCCUAUCUUACCCAACACCCACAGAAAUGGAUCCCAUCAAAAGCAAAUAAAUAGGCCUCAGAAUCACCAGGUCAUUGAACCCAAACCCACCUGGGGUAAAGGAGCUUCGCAAGACCCCAUAAAAAACAUCCCAGGAACUUAUGUAGGUGUGGCGAGCCCAAUUCUGGCCUCCACGCUUCGGGGCAAAGAUGGAAAAGGGACUUUUGCAGAUGAAUUCCAGAGUUUUGCAAAGCAGGAGUUUAUAUCUAUAAUUGACCAAGGAGAGCAUCUGGCCUCAGGAGGAAAGAAGCCAUCCUGUCUGAUGAAGGGCAACCAACACGCUCACAGCAUCAAGCAUGUCAAAAACACCAGCACAGCCAUAACUAAGCACUGUCCCUCUAAAGGAGCCCUAACGACGGCCCUGUCAAGCACUGCCAGUGCUCCGCCUCUUCAGAAACCUGGAGCUGGCAAAACAGCGGUGCCGUACUCUACCACUGUUGUCAAUCCAGCUUGGCAGCCCCCUUCUCAUCCUCCACACCAAGCAUCGUCUGUUCAGAGAAAAAUCACACAAGGAUCCCCAAAGAUGAAGAGCACUGCAGCUGCAGAAGGAUCUAAGUUUCAGAGUGCCCAUCACAGCCCGUCCAAACCUGAGGAGGACAAGUGGGAGAGAAUGAAGUCUCCCCUGUCUAACCUGGCGUCCAUCGUGAAGCAGCAAGCUCUCGAAACAGCAGUAACAACGGGCGAGGGUAAUCCUCAACCCUCACCUGCUGCAUCAAGAAAAGCUGAUGUUCUGAACCCACUCACUGGGAGCCAAGACACCCAAUCCAAACAUACUUCUGUUUUUGAAUAUCCGCCAUACUGGUCAGUGGAAAAAUGGGCUGGUGUGCCACCUCAAGGGGACUCAACUAUGAAGAGGCACGAGAAGGCGAAUGCCACUGAGCCUUUGGAGAAUAAUACUGAGUUAGGCAGCAGCCAAGGAGAACACGUGGGAUUACAAGCGAAGCAGGGCUCCUCAAAACCUGCCGUUCAGUCUCACCUCUUUGGGAGCAACGCAUCAACAAACGGGAACAGGAUGGAGAGCAAACUAGCCCAGGUGUUAGAGGGGGAGACGUUGAAGAAAGAAAGUGGGGCAUCAGACAGUCCUCCCAGUGAAAAAUUGGAUGGUAUUGUCGCGUCAAUUCUAACAGGCCAGUGUGCAGCGGGAGGCGACAAGUUUGAGAAGAAAACAAAUGGAACCAAAGAGGAGUCGCCAACCAAAGCAAAAGCUGCCGCCGUCAAACAAAAGAAAACCAGUCCUAAGAAGCCAGCGAAGGAAAAGUCACCGCCGGACUCAUCAAAGAAAGCUGCAGGAAAGAAAAAGCGAGACGCAGAAAACACUCCGACCAAAGUGUCCUGCCAAAAGAAGAAGAAGAAACAAUGUGCACCUAUGCUGGAGCAGACUCUAUCAGCGGGGAAACUUUCUCCACCGAGCAAAGAGCCGAGUCCGAGGGACAAGAUCAGUCCCAACAAGGCUGAGCAACCAACGCGCAACAAAUUAGUUUCAGAUAGCAGCGGCAGUACGCAGAGCGAAGACACUCCCGUGUCUCUCAGUCGCUCGGCUAUACCCAGUAAGGACACCGACACCACAGGGAGCUCCUUCCCAAGACUGAGGAGAGGGCGACGGCGAGCUGACGAAGCUCGACUUGACCUCUGGGGCUUUGCAACGCCUUCCCCUCCACCCCCACAAAUGCCUCCUCCCCCAGUUUCACCUUCCCCCCCUCCCCCUCCCCCCCAACCUGCCCCCCGUCCGAGAGGGAGGCCUCGCUCAAACCCCACGCCACACCGAGCUCAGGGCAAGAGCAAGGCAGCCAGCGCAGAGGGCGACACGCCUGCAUCUAAGAAACGUCGGCGAUGUCGUAGCAAAAAGUAUCAGACCGGGGAAUACAUCACUGAGAAAGACAAGCUGGAAGACGGAGAGCACCUCAAGGAAUCUGACUCCCUGAGACAGGACGGCGGAGUCCCAGCAGAUCCACAGGCGGAUCAGUGUCCAAGUCCCACCGCCUGCAGUCCAGACCCUCCUCCACGAAGACCCUCGUUCACUCGCUCGGGGUCGGUCCGCUACCAGGAGACUGAGGUAUCUCCAGAGUGCAAUGACAAGCCUUCAGGGAAGAGGAAGUUCAAAAGCAAACACCUAAGUGACAAUGAUGAGCAGAAGAUUAAGACCAAACGCAGCAGCUUGGGCAAGCGUGCUGCCUCGCUCGCCCUGGAUGAUGAUGGUGCUGAUGUAAAAAGAGCAGGAAGCCCUCCACCCACUCUAAAAAGUUUGCCGUCAUCUCCAUCCAAUAAGAAAGGCUCAUCGGGGAGAAGCAGCGGUUCAGAGUCUCCACCCAAAAGACCCAUUCCUCCGGAGGUCCGUCGGCUGAUUGUCAAUAAAAAUGCCGGGGAGACAUUGCUGCAACGUGCUGCACGUUUGGGCUAUCAGGAUGUAGUUCAGUACUGCCUUGAAAAGGACAUCAGGGAGGUUAAUCGACGUGAUAAUGCCGGUUACACAGCCCUGCACGAAGCGUCCUCACGAGGCUGGACUCAGAUUGUCCAGAUGCUGCUGAAAUACGGCGCUGACGUCAACUGUAGCGCCCAGGAUGGGACAAGGCCCCUUCACGAUGCAGUAGCGAGUGAUAACCUUCCUAUCGUCUGGUUGCUUCUGAACCAUGGUGCAGAUCCGACUCUGGCCACUUAUUCUGGACACACUCCGGUCAAACUGGCACACAGCCCAAGCAUGAAGACCUUCCUCACAGAAUAUUUCACAGACCUGGAAGGCCGUAAAGAACAGGAUUCCAGUUUACCCUGGGAUUUCUACAGCAGCUCCCUGUUUGAGACUGACCAGGAACCUUGCUGGGACUUCCUGCUGUCUGAGCAGAAUCAGGAGCUGGAGGAGGACGCUACAGGGAAGACUGAGCCGGACUCGGACAAAGAUUGCCUUCUGUUUGAGUUCUCCUCCGAGCCUCUCUUACCCUGCUAUCAUGUUCAGGUGUCAUUAACCCAGGGCUUCUGUAACUGGUUCCUCCUGACGGAUGUCCUGAAGCGCCUGAAGAUGUCGGCGCGGAUCUUCCGGGCACGUUACCCGCAUUUGGAGGUGGUGAGUUUGUCGCGGGCCGAGCUCUGGAAGCAGGUGUCGAUCAGUCAGGUGAGCUCUGCUUUGGCUUCACCUUACAAAGGCAAAAAUAAGGAGGAGGAAGAGAAGGAGGAGGAGGAGGAGGGACUUGUGGACCUGGUGCGAUGUGUACCAGAGCUCCAAAGACUACUGGGCUCCUCCAUUCACAUCCUGCAAGAGGACGAGGAGCAGGAGGAGGAGGAGGAGGAGGAGGAGGAGGAGGAGACAAACACAGGGAAGCCUCGCACCCGAUAGCCUCUCUUUCACCGCACUCCUCCAGCGUGCAAACUAUUGUCAGCCCGAGUCCUUCCCUGCAAGCAGCAGCUCAAAGGAAACCUCUCCGUCCGACGUAACGAGGGUCGACAGUCGUGACACUCCAGCUAUAACCUUUGACCUCAGACAGAAGGUGAUUCAGCGAUCACAAGGACCUGCACACGGGAGUGGUCGGUGCUGGAAAGCAGCUUUCAGGUUCCUAUCUAUAGGUAUAUUUGAAUACAUGAGAACUAUUGAGCAAACCUUUUGUAUUGAUUACGUCUGUACAUGGUAGUGUAUAUGUAUAUCUUGCCAUCAGGGUUUAAACAUUUGGUUAUAUAAAUGUAUUCUUGUGGCAAUGGACGAAUUAUGUUUAGGACUUUUUGUUUGUUCCUGAGGGAAAGCGAUAAUUUUUUUUUGGACGGGAGAUAAUCCGAGACUUUUAUCUUGGUGAACUCUUGCAUAAAGCUGAGACGCUUAAGUCAGGGAGGCCCAGAUGGUUUCUCUGUCAACCUGGGAGAUCCUGGAGACGAGACAACGGCACAUAAUAUCCAUAAUCAGAGCCUCAUUUACAUUUUUCUUUAUCAUCCUCUAGAGAUCAUUACAGGACAGACCGAGUCGCUCACAAUGUUUAUUUUUCCUCCACAUUUCACACAGUAAGAGCACGCCACUCGCAGUAUGGAAUAAUGUCUUUUUGGACCUUGAAACUGAGAGUUUGUUUACAGAGGUGGACAGAUAGCAGCGCUCUCCACUCCCCAGGUCGCACUCCUCAUGAACUUUUACAGAAUCCUGUGGAUCUCUCUCAGAGGAACAGCAGUACCACGUCUGGAGCCGAUACGCCCUCUUAACUGCAGCCACGUCCCGCUACGGUGUCCCCAGACCCCAGAGUGCUUUGUGUUGCAGUGUUUUAUUUACACUGUUUGUUGUGCUUAAUUUAAUAGUCAUUAAUAUAUUUGACCUCUUGUGUAUCUGACGAGCCUAUCUAUGAAAAAAAAAACGUUGCUUUGUAUGGUUGGUGCUUCAUUUUGAAAUGUACUUAUUAGGAUCCCUUUAUUCUGAGAUUUUCCUCCCUCAUUCAAGAACAGUAUUUCAAAACAAAAAAAAGCUAAAGUACAGUUUUAUUGUACUGGUGCUAAGACAGAUUUUGUGUUGACAAUCAAUGAUGUUUUGGUUUGAAGUCACAAACUAAUAAAAGAUAUUUAAGAUGAAGAGACUUAAAGUGUAAAGAAAGUAUAGUUUAGUUAAAGAGAGCGGGAAACAGCACGACUGAGAGUCUGAGCAGUGUGUGAAGAGCCUUUUAUUUGAUUCUUUUAUAAGAAAUCAACAAGAAUAAAGCAUGAUUGUGAAUCAUAGUUAUUAUCGCAUUGUUUUGUCAAUUGGAUUAUUAUAAUAAUAGCUGAAUUUAAUAUUCAGGGCAGAACUCCCUCUCAGGCAUAUUUCAAAUUAUCCCCUUCGCCUCACACUGAAUAAAUGUUUUUUUUUA